GGCGGGCCGCGGGCCUCGUGACUCCGGAGGGCGGCCGGGGACCUCGCCCCUGCCGCGCCGUGCGCCCUGCGCCCUGCCUGGCCCGGAUCAGCCCGCCUGGCCUCAGUGCACCUGACGCCCGGCCUGGUCGCCUCCCUCUCCCCAGCCCAGAGGGACCGGAGAGACCACCCCCGAGGGGCCCGGCCAGGGCCUGCACGCCCCGGAAAGGAGUCGGUGUGACCCUGACCAGAAGCAAAGAUGGGGAAAAAACUGGAUCUUUCCACGCUCACGGACGAGGAGGCCAAGCACAUCUGGGAGGUGGUUCAGCGGGACUUCGAGCUUCGAAGGAAAGAGGAGGAAAGGCUAGCGGGACUGAAGGGCAAGAUCAAGAAGGAAAGCUCCAGGAGGGAGCUGCUUUCGGACACGGCCUACCCGGACGACACCCACUGCGCCCGCUGCCUGCAGCCCUACCGGCUCCUCUCGGCCCCCAAGAGGCAGUGCCUGGACUGCGGGCUCUGCACCUGCCAAGACUGCGGCCACGCCCACCCGGAGGGGCAGGGCUGGCUCUGCGACCCCUGCCACCUGGCCAGGGUGGUGAAGAUGGGCUCGCUCGAGUGGUACUACGGGCACGUGCGCGCCCGCUUCAAGCGCUUCGGGAGCGCGCAGGUGGUGCGGUCCCUGCGCGGGCGGCUGCGGGGAGGAGGUGCACCUGAGCCGAGCCCUGAAGAGAGAAGCGGAGACAGUGAGCAGAUGGUUGAGGAUGGGGGGCCGGACACAGCAGCCCAGGCCCAGCCUGUGGGCAGCAAAAAGAAGCGCCUCCUCCCCGUUCACGGCUUGGACUUCGAGGCCGACUCUGACGAUUCCGUGCCAUCCUGUGGUCACCCCCCGAGCCUGUCCUCGGUCCCAGCAGCCACGGCCAGCCUGCAGGCCCUCACAGGCGAGCCCUGUGCAGAGGGAACCAGCUCCUACCAAGCGGAUGCCAGGGCCUCAGGGCGCCACCUGCAUCCAGAGGAGCAGGCAGUCGGCCUUUCGCCUGUCGGACCGGACGCCCUCGCCGAGCUCUGCCUGCCUGGAGACUCCUGCUCAGUGGCCCUGGGGGUGGCUGCCACUCCUGGGACAAACAGCCUCAGGAAUGAGCAGCCCCCCCAACAGUAUCUGGCUGACGUGGACACCUCAGAUGAAGAAGCUGUUGGGGCUCAGAGGGUGAUCUCCCACCGCUCCAGACAGAGAAGCUGGCCCUCUUCUGAGAGCCAGGGUCCCGCUGGCAGUGAGCCCACGGCUGCUGACGUGGAGGAGGCGGCCCUCAAGAGGAAGCUGGAGGAGUUGACCCGCCACGUCAGUGACCGCGGGGCUUCAUCCGCGGAGGAGGAGAGCCAGGACGAAGGGCUGGAUCUGGACAGCAGCACCCCCAUCAGGGAGCUCCCCAGGCCCGCCGCACAGGUGAGCACAGCUGCUGGCCAAGCACCCAGAUGGGAAAAGGACCCCCGGGGCCCUCAGGACCCCAUGCAGCCCAAAAGGACCACCGACGAGGAGCUGUCGGAGCUGGAAGACAGAGUGGCCACCACAGUUUCAGAGGUGCAGCAGACAGAGAGCGAGGUUUCUGAUAUCGAGUCCAGGAUCGCAGCCUUGCAGGCGGCGGGGCUCACAGUGAGGCCCUCGGGAAAGGCCCGCAGGAAGUCCAACCUCCCGAUCUUUCUUCCGCGGCUUGUGGGGAAGUACGGCAGAACUGCUGAGGACUCAAGUGCACUCCCUUCAGAUGAGGUCAAGGCGGCGGCUGUGCCCUCUCUUGUGAGGGGGAAGCUCAAUCAUUACUCCAAAGGCCAAGACAAGGAGGGUGACCCCUUCCCCCGGGAAUCUGUGUACCGGGGGUCGCUGACUCAGAGGAACCCCAACGGCAGGAAGGCAGCCGCCAGCCACAGCUUUGCGAAGCCUGUGAUGACCCACCAGCCCUAAAAAAGAGGUUCGUCUGCACAGGACAGAGUGACAGAGCGGCCUGUCCCAUCUCCCGCGCCACCUGCCCUGCGUGUGCUGCUGCACAGGGUCCCAUCCAGGUUGGAGUCCCAUCUGCCAGCUGAUAGCAGUUCUCAGACCGCCACCGCCUCACCCACGUUCACAGACAGCCCCCAAGGCCACCCCCGCCAGCCUGCUCUGACCCAUGAGAAUCCCCAAGCUGAUGUGUCUUUCUUUUAGGGCAACAUGGUUUAAACUUUUUGAAGGACACAAA